AUGAAUUUUUGUGAAGAGUGCGACAUUGAAUACAUUGGAGAGUGUGCUAAACAUGGUCCCCUAAACAUUGUAUCAGAUUCCCAGGUUCCCCAAGACUGCAUAAGGGGCAAACACAAAGAUUACUCUUGGAAAACUUUGCCGCCUGGACUGGUCAUAAAAACAUCUAACAUACCUGGUGCUGGAAUUGGUGUCUUUGCCACAACAUUAAUUCCUGCUCGGACAAAGUUUGGGCCUUAUGUUGGAAAGAUAGAGAGAAAUAAGCUAUUGGCUCAGGACUCUGGGUAUUGUUGGCAGGAUACCAGCCCACACAAACAAUGGAUCUUCAAGAAUGGGAGACCAUCCCAUUUUAUUGAUGCCAGUGAUAGCUCUGAUUCAAACUGGAUGAGAUUUGUAAACUGUGCACGUUUUGAGGAUGAGCAGUGUGUCACAGCCUACCAACACAAAGGUGAAAUCUACUACAGGACUCACAAGGACAUCAGUGCUGGCACAGAAAUACUGGUGUACUAUGGUGACAGCUAUGCCAGAGACCUGGGCAUUCAGGUACAGAGGGUUGGUGGUGUAAACAAGAACAGUUUAACAAGCAUGGCAAACAGUGACAGUGAUACUUAUUCAUGUCAAGAUUGCAGAAUGGCUUUUACAAAACUUCCUUAUUUGAAAGCACAUUUGCAAUACAGACAUGGUGGGGAUAGAAUUGUCAACAGAAGCCCAGAUCUCAUUGAUAAUUCUAGUCAACUUUCUUCCCAGUCAUCAAACUUUCAUCAACACCAUAUCAUUUAUAGAGUAGAUAAACCUUACAAAUGUGACCAGUGUAAUAAAUGUUUUCUGAGGCGUGAUACAUUAAGAAAACAUCUUAGAGUUCAUACAGGAGAAAAGCCUUAUAAUUGUGGCAAAUGUGGUAAAUGUUUUACAACAGCUACAUAUAUAAAGAAACACUUAAGAAUUCAUACAGGAGAAAAACCUUACAUGUGUGUCAAAUGUGGUAAAUGUUUCACAGAAGAUUCUAGUUUACGAACCCACCAAAGAAUUCAUACUGGAGAAAAACCUUAUAAGUGUGAAAAAUGUGGUAAAUGUUUUACAGAUUGUAGCACUUUCAGAAAACACCUUAGAUAUCAUUCAAGAGAAAAGAGGUACAAGUGUGACAAAUGUGGUAAAUGUUUCAGCCAAUCUUGGGAUUUAGAGAGACACUUUAGAAAUAUUCAUCCUGGAGACAAGAAUUACAAGUGUGAUGAAUGUGGUAAAUGUUUCAUAGAAAGUAAAAGUUUACAAAGACAUGUCAGAAUUCAUACAAGAGAAAAGCCUUUUCAGUGUGACAAUUGUGGUUUAUGUUUUUUAAAGAGUACCCAGUUAAUCAAACACCUUAGAGUUCAUUCAGGAGAAAAGCCUUUCAAGUGUGACAAAUGUGGUAAAAGUUUCACAAACUCUUGGAAUUUUAAACUACACCUUAAAUCUUAUACUGGAGAGAAGCCUUACAAUUGUGACACAUGUGGUAAAACGUUUAAAAGGCUUGAUCAGUUAAAGAGACACUAUUUGAUACAUACAGGAGAAAAAUUAUAUAUGUGUGACAACUGUGGUAAACGUUUCACAUAUAAAGUCAAUUUACAAAACCACCAAAGGAUUCAUAUGGAAAAACCUUACAAGUGUGACAAAUGUGGUAAGUGUUUCGCAGAAGAUGGCCAAUUAAAAAUACACCUUCUGUAUCAUUCAGGAGAAAAGCCAUACAAGUGUGACAAUUGUGGUCAAUGUUUUAUUCAUGUUAAUUACUUAAAGCAACACCUUAAAAUUCAUUUAGGAGAAAAGCCAUAUAUGUGUGACAAAUGUGGUAAAUGUUUUUUUAAACUUAGCCAAUUAAACAACCAUCAUACAAUUCACACAGAAGAAAAACCUUACAAGUGUGACAUGUGUGGUAAAUGUUUCCAUCAACCUUGUGGUUUACAAAGACACCAUAGAAUUCAUACAGGAGAAAAGCCUUACAAGUGUGACACAUGUGGUAAAGGUUUCAUAUAUUCAUCAGAUUUAAAAGUACACUUGAGAAUUCAUACAAGAGAAAAGCCAUAUAAGUGUGACGAAUGUGGUCAAUGUUUUUUGAAGCUAAGCCAAUUAAACAAACAUCAUAUAAUUCACAUGGGAGAAAAACCUUACAAGUGUGACAAAUGUGGUAAAUGUUUCAAACUGAAAGGUGAUUUACAAAGACACCAUAGAACUCAUACUGGAGAGAAGCCUUACAAGUGUGACAUAUGUGGUAAAUGUUUUUCACAGUCGUAUAAUAUACACAAACAUAAAAAAAUUCAUACAGGAGAAAAGCCUUACAUGUGUGAUCAAUGUGGUAAUUGUUUUAUCCAGCUUUGCAUUUUACAGCAACACCUUAAGAUUCAUACAGGAGAAAAGCCAUACAUGUGUGAUCAGUGUGGUAAUUCUUUCACCCAGCUUUUCAUUUUACAUCGACACCUUAAGAUUCAUACAGGAAAAAAGCCGUAUAUGUGUGCCCAAUGUGGUCAAUCUUUCAUGCUAAUCUCACAUUUACAGAACCACCAUCGAAAACAAAAUCAAUCCACUUUAGAAAAAUUUGAUAAUAGUGUUUUGAAGCUUUGCCAAUUGAAAAAGGACCUAAAAAUGCAUACAGGAGAAAAGUCUUUUAAGUGUGAUAUAUGUGGUAAAUGUUUUGCUGAAAUUCAUGGAUUACAGAGACACCUUAGAAUUCAUAUAGAAGAAAACACAUACAGGUGUAAGAAAUGUGGUAAAUGUUUUACAGAGUUUAGCCUAUUGAAGAUACACCGUACAGUUCAUAUAGAAGAAAAACCUUACAUGUGUGACAAGUGUGGAAAAUGUUUUCCAGCACAUUAUGGAUUACAGAUACACCUUAAAACUCAUGCAGAAGAAAAGCCUUACAAGUGUGAUGAUUGUGGUCAAUAUUUCAAACAGCUCACACAUUUAAAAAGCCACUAUAGAGUCCAUACAGGAGAAAAGCCUUACAUGUGUAAGACAUGUGGUAAAUGUUUUAGAGUGAGUAAUGGAUUACGGCGCCACUUUAGGAUUCAUACAGGAGAAAAACCUUACAUAUGUAAGAUAUGUGGUAAAUGUUUUACACUUCUUGGUCAAUUGAAGAGACAUCUUAGAAUUCACCUAGUUGUAACCAGUGCAUUAAAGGUUUAAACAAACAACACCAUAUAAUUCACACUUGAGAAAAGCCUUAUUAGUGGUAAAUGGUACUUUCAAAUGGUAGGCCUACAUUACAGAACCACCAUACAAUUCACAUUUGAGAAAAGCAUUAUUAAAUGUUUCUUUUAAAGUACUAUUUUACAGAACCACCUUAAAAUUCACACAGGAGAAAAAUCUUAUAAGCGGUUAAAUAUUUCUUUCAAAGUACUUCAUUACAGAACCACCUUAGAAUUCACAUCCUUACAUGUGUAGGAAAUGAUGUAAAUGUUUGAGAGAGUGUUGUCAAUUGAGGAGACACCUUAGAAUUAACAGGAGUAACACCUAAUGUUAAAAAAUUGUGCCAAAAGUUUUCAACAGACCUUUAUUUUAAUCUUUUUUAUUCCAAGUAUUACUUUACAAAACUAACUUAGGAUUCAUGAAUGAGAAAAGCCUUACGAAUGAGGUAAUUGAUGAAUGUUUUGCAUUAAGAGUUGUUUGAAAGAAACUGUUUUAACCAUCAUAGAACCUAAUUAUGAAAUUGGUUCUUAGACAUUUCUUUGAUAUGUGCCACACUUUUACUGUCUAUUGAACAGCAUUGUUCAAUGGAGAAUCUGUUAUUGUUUAAUAUAGUUAAAAUUUGAACUCUUUUAAUUGAAAUUUUAAUUCUUGUUAUCUGUUAACAUUAAUUUUUUCAAAAUCAAGGGUUUUCUUUGAUAUUUUUUUAAUAGACCCAGCUUGUCUGUAUUUAAAACAUCUGACCAAUUUUGUCACAUUGAUGAAGUUUUAGAACAAGGCAGAUGGGGUAAUUAAGUUGUAUGAUUUUAAUGAUGGAUGGCACCAAUUGUAGUCACAUUGACAGGGUUUUAGAUGAAGGCAGAAGGGUAAUUAAGUUGUCAUCAGCUCCCUCCAUGAUAUAAGAUGUAAAUAAACUCUAGAUUAAGAAAACACCACCGAGAAGGAUAUUAUACAGAUGCAGUAGAGUGCAUGAGAUGACUUCAAUUAGUCAAAUGCAAACUUACUAUCUAUAUUCAAAG